AUCUCAUCUUAAAAACUCAUAAGUUACGAAAGAUGGCUAUCUCAAAGCUUAUUCCUACUCUUGUGCUCUUUGCUUUGUUCUCUUUUGAUGUUGGUGUUGCUCAUCCAGGUCUAAGAUUUGGAUGGGGAAGUAAUAAUCCCAUUGGAGGAUCUUUUUCUUCAAAUCUUUACCCACAGUUUUACCAGUUCUCUUGCCCACAAGCUGAUGAGAUUGUCAUGACCGUGCUCGAAAAAGCCAUUGCUAAAGAACCAAGAAUGGCAGCAUCUUUACUCAGACUUCACUUCCACGACUGCUUCGUCCAGGGCUGUGAUGCAUCAAUCUUGUUGGAUGAUAGUGCUACCAUAAGAAGUGAAAAGAAUGCGGGACCAAACAAGAACUCUAUUAGAGGGUUUCAAGUAAUCGACGAGAUCAAAGCCAAACUUGAGCAAGCUUGCCCUCAAACUGUCUCAUGCGCGGACAUUCUAGCUCUUGCUGCUCGUGGCUCAACUAUACUGAGUGGUGGACCAUCAUGGGAGCUUCCACUAGGGAGAAGAGACUCGAGGACAGCGAGCCUUAAUGGAGCAAACACGAACAUUCCUGCACCUAACUCAACUAUUCAGAAUCUCUUAACCUUGUUCCAACGCCAAGGUUUGAACGAAGAAGACCUUGUUUCCCUAUCAGGAGGACAUACGAUUGGAGUAGCGAGGUGCACAACGUUCAAACAAAGGCUAUACAAUCAAAACGGUAACAACCAACCAGACGAGACACUAGAGAGGUCUUACUACUAUGGUCUCAGGUCGAUUUGUCCACCAACGGGCGGUGACAACAACAUUUCACCUCUAGACUUAGCCUCUCCUUCUCGAUUCGACAACACAUACUUCAAGCUCCUCCUAUGGGGCAAAGGCUUAUUGACAUCAGAUGAAGUGCUUCUCACUGGCAACGUAGGCAAGACUGGUUCAUUAGUGAAAGCUUAUGCCGAAGACGAGAGACUUUUCUUCCAACAAUUCGCGAAGUCGAUGGUAAACAUGGGGAACAUUCAGCCUCUUACUGGUUUUAAUGGUGAGAUCAGGAAGAGUUGUCAUGUGAUUAACUAAAAGAAACUGUGUUACUACAUUAUUAUUGUAUUAAGGGGGUGAUUAAGAAUAAGUCGUGUUAUGUUUUUCUAUAUGUUAGUGAUGAUCUAAUUAACGUCUUUGAAUGAAAAUGGACGGUUGUU